AUGUCAUCAGCAUCUGCUGCUUCCGCCCCUGAAAAGGCACCGGACGACUCGUCAAAGUUGAAGACUUUCCUCUCUAUCCUUCGGAAGUUCGUCGGUGUGGCAGACAUUGCAUCUGUCCGCUUCUCUUUACCUGCACAUCUUCUGGAACCAACGCCAAACUUGGAAUAUUGGAACUAUCUCGAUAGACCGGAGACCUUUGCAAGCAUUGGCAAAUCGAAUGAUGAAUUGGGGCGGAUGCUGGAGGUCUUGCGGUUCUGGUUCACCAAGGACCUGAAAUACAUCAAGGGCAAGCCGUGCAAACCUUAUAAUUCUACGCUGGGCGAGUUCUUCCGGUGCAAAUGGGAAGUCGAGGACAGCGCACCGGGAAUAUCUGUUCCCUCCGGUCCAAACAGCCAGAAUGGGAACACUUCUGUUGAUGAUGGUGGCGGUGGAAAACUGGCCAAUGUAUGCUACCUGACCGAACAGACGUCUCACCAUCCGCCAGUGUCCGCUUUCUACAUCGAAUGUCCCGACCGUGGUGUUUCGGCUCGGGGUUUUGAUCAAAUCAGUGCCAAGUUCACUGGCACAAGCGUCCGUGUUGUGCCGGGUGAAUAUAACCGGGGAAUCUUCGUCAACGUCGAGAAGAGGGGCAAUGAAGAGUACCAGAUGUCUCAUCCUGCUGCUUAUCUUGGGGGUAUUUUAAGAGGGGCACUGUCGAUUACUGUCUCAGAUACAUGUUAUGUCACAUGUCCUAAAACGCGCAUCAAAACAAUCCUCCAGUACCAAGAGGACAGUUGGAUUGGCCGGGCCCAAUACAAAGUUGAAGGCUUGGUCUUCCGGUACAACCCAGGCAACGAUACUGCGACAAAAAUAAAAGACGUGCCGGAAAGCGAUGUCUUGGCCCGAAUCAGCGGAUCGUGGCAUGGCCAAAUCCACUAUACUCUAGCUGGGACAACCGAUCCCCAACUGUUAAUUGAUAUCGCCCCUCUUUUCCCAGCUGCUAAGACUGUCCCUCCCGAAGAGACCCAGUUGUCUAAUGAGUCUCGCAAGUUCUGGUCGGGGGUCACAGAAGCUAUCCUGGACAAGCGGUACAGCCAAGCCACAAAGCUGAAGCAAGAUAUCGAGGAGCGACAGCGCCAGAAGGCAGCCGAACGAAAGCAAAACAACGAAACAUGGCAACCGCGCUUCUUCACGAGUCCAACCACAACCUCGGGCAAACCGGAGUUGACUGAAGAAGGUCGUCAAGCACUUCAGGGAGUAAGCAAUGGUGAAUAUAAACUGGAGGAAAGCCAAAAAAUGGGCGCAUAA